CACAGGUCCAGGUGAAGUCCCCUCAUCGACACGAUCACUCAGCAACCAUGAGGUCUCUGGUCUUUGUUCUGCUCAUUGGAGCCGCCUUUGCCACCGAAGACGACAAGAUCGUCGGAGGGUAUGAGUGCAAGCCCUACUCUCAGCCCCAUCAGGUGUCUCUGAACUCCGGCUACCACUUCUGUGGCGGCUCCCUGGUCAACGAGAACUGGGUUGUGUCUGCUGCUCACUGCUACAAGUCCCGUGUGGAGGUGCGUCUUGGCGAGCACAACAUCAGGGUCACCGAGGGCAACGAGCAGUUCAUCCGCUCUUCCCGUGUCAUCCGCCACCCCAACUACAGCUCCUACAACAUCAACAACGACAUCAUGCUGAUCAAGCUGAGCAAGCCCGCCGAGCUCAACCAGUAUGUGCAGCCCGUGGCUCUGCCUACCAGCUGUGCUCCCGCUGGCACCAUGUGCCUCGUCUCUGGCUGGGGCAACACCAUGAGCUCCACUGCUGACAGCAACAAGCUGCAGUGCCUGGACCUCCCCAUCCUGUCUGAUGAGGACUGCGACAACUCCUACCCUGGCAUGAUCACUGAUGCCAUGUUCUGUGCUGGAUACCUGGAGGGAGGCAAGGACUCCUGCCAGGGUGACUCUGGUGGCCCAGUUGUGUGCAACGGUGAGCUGCAGGGUGUUGUGUCCUGGGGCUACGGAUGUGCUGAGAAGAACCACCCUGGUGUUUACGCCAAGGUCUGCCUCUUCAACGACUGGCUGGAGCGCACCAUGGCCAGCUACUAAGUGAUCCUGUUCGACAUCCAGUGCAUGCAGCUCUACAUCAUAUGCUGUUCAUUUUCCAUCUUUUGCACUGGACAAAUAAAACAUAUGAAGC